AUGAGCCAAUUCAAAUUUGUUAAUUCAAAUCGUGGAAAAGCUGGCAUCAUUUUCCAAAAUUAUUUUUAUCCGGAGCGAAAAACAUUAAAAAGUUGUGAAGUUAUAUUUAUGUGUCCGAAAAAAAACUGUCAUGCCUCAAUAAAAAUUGACGAAAAUCGAAGAACGGUGUUAGAAAUACGUGGAGAACAUACGUAUCUCAAAUUAACGAAAUCGGAGAUAGAAAAACACGAAAUUAAAAACACUAUAAAAAGAAAAGCUACAGAAAAAAUAUCAAUGAGACCUAAGAAAAUUAUAAGGAAAGCAAUAUCUAACGCUGAUCAUUUAAUAAUCAAUGAUAUUUUCAAUUAUAGACAAAUUAUUUAUAGAAAACGUAGGGAAGUUUUACCGAAAUCCUAUGAUGAAGCUAUUUCACAAUUAAUGUCUUCCCAAGAAACACUUGUAACUUUCAAAAAAUAA